AUGGCCUUCCAGCAACAAGGCGGCAUGGCCAAUGGUGGCGGCGGUAUCAACGGUGAACAUCAUGGACCACAGGGGACCGAAUACACACUGCAGGGAGUCAUGCGCUUCCUCCAAAUCGAAUGGCAUUCGCAUGAACGGGCAAGAAAUGCAUGGGAUAUUGAACGGGCGGAGAUGAAGGGCAAAAUCGCCAAGCAGGAGGGCGAAUGUCGCCAGGCCAAGCGCAUCAACGAACAGCUGACGCGCCAGAUUCGCAUGUUGGAGGCGGCGCUGAAGAACGAGCGCGCGAAGAGCAAGGCGGGCGAUGGAGCUGUAGCUGCAGGCGACAAGGGUGGUCCGAACGGUGUGGCAGAAGAUGGGCAACACGCCCCGAAACAUGGCAGGCCGACCAACAUGCCGCACAAUUCCUUCCUCGACACUGAACCGCGUGACACGACGGAACUGGAGCGCGAACAGUACUUGGAAAACACGACCAAAUACCUCAAAAACUGCAUGAAGGAGAUUCAAUACCUUCUGACUCCUCCCCAGCAUCCACCUCCCCCGCAGAUGUUGCCGAAUGGGAACUUCACUGGCCUGCCUGACGCGCCGCUCUCCGUCGAAGAAAUGUAUGCCCGUCACCAGAGAAAUUCCCGCGGAUCGGGACAGGUUCUGCCUCAACAGUCUGCCAUGCCCAAUCACCAACCACCUCCAAUCCCAAACAGCCUGCCACAAACUUCAAGGCAACAACAGCAACAACAGCAAGAGGAAGCAGCCCGUGGACUAGGAUAUGUGGAGUACACAAACUCUGCCCAGUCGCAAUCCGAGGUCGUUCAACCUCUGGCUCAGCCCUCUCAGCCCGACUUUGAGGAACAGGUAGAGAAUAUCACUCAUACCUACGACUCACAAGGACGGCCCGUUGCUGAAGAAGUAUCCCAACGCCAGCUCCGACAACAGCCAGACUCUGAUGGCUGGCAAUUCGACGAAGAGCCACAACUACAUCCUGAUCAUCCCCCACCGGAUGCACCGCCUCCCCGUCGACCAGACACUGAUCUCUUUCCAAGCGCGGCGGGCACAAAUCAACUACCAGCGAAAUCCCCAACGCGAACAGGCCCUCUUUCCCACGGAAGAAGGAAGAGCUCACAGGGAGCCUCCAGCAUGGAGCGGCGACGAAGCUCGCAAGGCAACAAGAGCAAAACGCACGAAAGUACUGAUGUCGCGGUCAACAACGACCCGACCAUGUUCAAGGUAAAGUUUGCUCUUCGCGGUCAUUUGGAUGUGGUGCGUAGUGUGAUCUUCAGCGGUGGAGGAAGCCCGAGUGAGCCAGAAGUGUGUACAGCGAGUGAUGAUGGGACUAUCAAACGUUGGAUAGUUCCUGCUACCUAUCAGAAUUACAACCCUACUAACCCCGGCGCGGACCUGGACAUUUCCGCCUACUUUACCCACAGAGGACAUGAAGGUAUUGUGACAGCUCUCGCCGCAUGUCCUGCGAGCACCGGAUUCAGCACGGGUGGUCGGGCAAAUGGAGAUGGCUGGGUCUUUUCCGGUGGAGAAGAUUGCACCGUGCGCGUUUGGGAAAGAGGCCGUGUGGACCCAAAGGCCACCCUGGAAGGACACACGGACGCUGUUUGGACGAUCUGCAUACUACCCGCUUCUGUUGGCGUCGUCUUUGGACCCCAGAGCGGCAACUUUGGUGGUCCAGAUCGCGUGCUACUUGUGUCUGGCUCUGCGGAUGGAACGGUGAAAGUCUGGGCCGUCAGCGCACCUCCGCAAACAUCUUCGCCAUCAACGGGAAGCAGACGGGGGGUCGGAGGGAGUCGAAGACAUAGUGUUACAAGCGGCUCGAACUUCCCCUCCAGCCCGCAGCCCAGUGUGGCGAGUCCUACGCCAUUCAGCUAUACCCUCGUCCACUCGAUUGAAAGGCCGACCACCGGGCCCGUCAAACCCAGCCCAACCAGCAUCUGUCCACUAUCGCCGAGCGGUGAGACGUUCAUUGUUGCAUACUCUGAUUCUUCGGUCUUGAUCUUUGACACUCGGACUGGGGAGGAAAUCGUCGGCAUGGCGAGUAACGAGACGUAUGAUGGGACCAUGGGCACCAGCAUCAAUGCGGUCGUGGCUACCAGCCUCGGUCUGGAAGGCUCUGGCGCCGGUGGGAGUGAGAUUGUACGAGGAAUGGAGGCGGAGGAAGUCGUCGGUGGWGCUACAGGUGGUAGAGAAGGGCUGGAAGGUGUUGUCAUCACAGGCCAUGAAGAUAGAYUCGUGAGGUUCUUCGAUGCGAACAGCGGUCAAUGUACCUAUACGAUGCUCGCCCAUCCAUCGGCCAUUUCCGCCCUAUCGUUGUCGAAAGAUGGAAGGGAAGCCGUGUCUGCUGGUCACGACGCCGGUAUCCGGUUCUGGAGUCUAGAGAAACGGUCUUGUACGCAAGAAAUCAAUGCCCAUCGCGCCGUCCGUGGCGAAGGCGUUUGUGAUGUAUGCUGGAGUCAAGACGGGAGGCUGGUUGUCAGCGCAGGCGGUGAUGGAGUCGUCAAGGUAUUCGUUAGAUGA